UUCGUUGUCAAGCCGAAGAUCGCCUUCCUUUUCAUUUCUCGGAAUCGGCUUCCUCUCGAUAUAGUUUGGGAUGCUUUUUUCAAGGGAGAAGAAAACAGAUUUUCAAUUUAUGUUCACUCUAGGCCUGGCUUUUUAUUCAAUAAGGGAACAACGAGAUCUACUUAUUUUUUGAAUCGGCAAGUUAAUGAUAGUAUACAGGUAGAUUGGGGAGAAGCAAGCAUGAUUGAGGCUGAGCGUAUAUUGCUCAGACAUGCAUUGACGGAUCCUUGUAAUGAACGCUUUGUUUUUGUCUCAGAUAGCUGUAUACCUCUUUAUAACUUCAGUUAUAUGUAUGACUAUAUCAUGUCAACACCAACUAGUUUCGUUGACAGCUUUGCUGAUACAAAAGAGGGUCGUUACAACCCAAAAAUGAACCCUGUUAUUCCUGUUUACAACUGGAGGAAAGGAUCACAGUGGGCUGUACUAACAAGAAAGCAUGCGGAGGUUGUUGUAAAUGAUACUACAGUCUUUCCCAUGUUUCAACAACAUUGCCAGAGGAGAUCAUUGCCAGAGUUUUGGCGAGAUCGUCCCUUUGUGCAGCCAGUUGACCCAGCAAAGGAGCACAAUUGUAUACCAGAUGAACAUUAUGUGCAGACAUUACUUGCUCAAGAAGGCUUUGAAGGAGAAAUCACACAGAGAUCAUUAACCUAUUCUGCAUGGGAUCUUUCUGCCUCCAAAGAUCGUGAACGCCGUGGAUGGCAUCCAGUGACUUAUAAGUUUUCUGAUGCCACUCCCUUGCUUAUUAAAUCUAUAAAGGAAAUUGACAAUAUCCAUUACGAGACUGAAAACAGAAGGGAAUGGUGUAGUAGCAAGGGGAAACCAUCCCCAUGCUUCCUUUUCGCAAGAAAAUUCACCAGGCCUGCUGCUCUCCACCUUCUUAAUUUGUCAAUUCUGGGAGCUCGACGCGGAGCAAAAAGCGAAUCUUAACCAUGCACGGGUAAUUUUCUAUGGUAAGUCUAAUGUUAGGUAGGAUUUGUUAUGCUUAACCUGUUAUAUUUUUGCAGUAAAAAAAUAAUGGAGAGAGGUGUAAAUUAGAGGGGGAAAUGAAAUCUAAAGUGUGUUGUUGUAUAAUAAAAAUAUCAUUUUUUAAAAAAGACUACAUAUAAUAAAAAGAAAAUAUCAUUGUUUUAUGGUUGCUUUAUUGUUUAAUAUUAGGACUGCCCGUGGUUAUUCUUUAAAUCUGAGAAUUACCAUUAGUCAUUAGAGGUUGGACAUGGCGAUGGGGGCAAUGAAAUGUUUCUCUGCCAUGCCUAAAGUGCGAUCAAAUCUGAGAACUGGUUCUCCAGUGAUCCAAGCAAAAGCAGAACAUAACAUUUUUCUAAACUUUUCAGCUGUCAGAGAAAUGGUUAUACUCAAUCUGCCUAAGAAAUAGUUUUGUUCAAAACAAAAGAUGGGCCUGCACUCAAAAUUUGUUACUUGUUAUAGUAAUUUUUUAUAGAAAGAGGUCAAGGUUUAAGAGAAAUUAAGAAAGAAGAGUAUCAUUAAUGUGGAUGAAA